UUUCAUGUUUCAUUUCAUUAUUUCAUGCAUGCGAUAGUGUUUAAUUAGAAAUGAAAAAAACUUAUACUGUUCGAAAAAAUGCUGGAAAAGUUUCAACAGUCGUUAAUAGACCAGUUUAUGAACUAGAUACUUUAAAUAAAGAUUUUGAAUAUGAAAUGCCUCAUAAAACAAUUAAAGAAAGAUGUGUUGAAGCAUGGGAACGAAUGAAUUAUAUUGAAUGUCUGAAACGAACGUUCCCGAUAGUGGUUUGGAUACGGGAAUACCAUUGGAAGUAUGACCUUAUAGCUGAUACUAUUAGCGGUAUAACAAUGGCUGUUUUACAUAUUCCUCAGGGUAUGGGUUUUGCUAUGCUGGGAAAUGUACCACCGGUAAUUGGAAUAUACAUGGGAAUAUUUCCGGUUUUAAUAUACUUUAUUUUAGGCACCUCCAGACACGUCAAUCAAGGUACUUUUGCUGUUACAUGUCUUAUGACUGGAAAAGUAGUUAGUCACCAUGCUACCGUUCAUAUAAAAGAAGUUAAAGAUGCCUAUGAACCAGAAGAACCAGCAGAAUAUACAAAUAUUCAAAUUGGUGCAGCGGUUACUUUUGUUGUAGCUUUCAUGGAAAUAAUUAUGUACGUCUGCAGAUUUGGUGUAACUGCAUCACUGUUAUCAGAGAGUUUGGUUAGUGGUUUUACAUGUGGAGCUGCCUUUCACGUUGUUAAUUCCCAACUUAGAGACAUUCUGGGAGUUCCCAUUGAUAAACAUUUCGGUGCCUUCUCAAUUCCUUUGACAUUAUACGAUAUUGCUCGAAAUAUACAUAAAUCAAAUUAUAUUGCUGUAAUCAUGUCCAUAUUGACAUUUGCUGCAUUAAUACUAAACCACAUAUUUCUGAAGCGCCGAUGGAGAAAAUUAACAAGAAUUCCAUUGCCUAUAGAACUGAUUCUAAUUUUAUUGGGAAUAUUGGCUAUUGAUGUAAUUCAUUUGGAAAGAGAUUAUGAUGUUACAGUUGUCGGACGAAUACCAAAAGGUUUCCCAAAACCAUCAGUUCCACCAGUUUCUAUUAUGGGAUCAAUAAUUGUUGAUUGCAUAUUUAUAUCUUUGGUGUCUUAUAUAAGCAAUAUGUCGAUGGCUCUAAUAUUUUCAAGACAGUUUAUGUAUGAAAUUGAUGCAAAUCAAGAGUUAUUGGCAUUAGGUGCGAGCAAUGUCCUAGGAUCAUUUCUAUCAUGUUUGCCCAUGUGCGUAUCAUUGUCAAGAAGUGUAAUACAAGUUACAUCAGGUGGUGUUACUCAAAUAGUUUCGGUAGUAUCUGCCCUUCUUUUGAUUUUUGUUUUAUUAUGGUUUGCACCAUUUUUCGAAACGUUACCAAGGUGCGUAUUGGCCAGUAUUAUAGUUGAAUCACUAAAAGGAUUAAUAUUCCAAGUUGCUCACAUUCCAAGAUUUUGGCGACUAAGCAAAUGGGAUGCUAUGGUCUGGUUAGUUACCUUUUUGGUUACUUUUUUUAUUUCCAUUAUCUACGGAUUGAUGGCUGGAAUUAUUGCUGCAAUUUUCAGUCUAUUUAUGCAAGGAUAUCACACACAUACAUGUGUUUUGGGACUUGUGCCCAAUACGGACCUGUAUUUAGAUAUCGAGAGAUAUAAAACGGCACAAGAAAUUGCGGGAAUAAAAAUGUUUCACAUAUCUGGGGGUUUAAGCUUUUCGUCGAGAUUCUUUUUCAACGAUACACUUAUAAAAACAACAGGCAUCGAUCCAACCAAAAUUUUUAAACGAAAAUUAUGGCUCGAAAAACAUGGUCUUCCACCAGAAGAGCAAGAAUUUGAAUAUCAGUGGAUAGUCGUUGAUCUCACCAGAGUAACCUUUAUUGAUCCAUCUGCAGUAGAGUCGCUGAGAAGUUUGCAGGAAGAUUAUGCCAAGUUGGGUAUCACAAUAUUACUUGUAAUAAUUUCAGGUACUGUAUUUGAAACAUUUGUCAGAUGUGAUAAAGUGGAAAAGAAAGAACCAAUUUUCAUGAUUUUCCCAACAGUUCAUGAUGCAGUGCUUCAUGCUCUCGGAACUGGCAUACUUAACAGGCCCGCAACAGAACCGUUUAAACGAGAAGAGGAAGUUAAACUUGGCAGAUGAAUCCUACAUGUUUCUAUUGUUCAGUUAUGUGUAGAUAUAAAAUUAUUAUAAUUAAAUAAUAUAUAUCAAAAUAGAUAAAUUGUAAACUUCGUUCUAGUGCUUCGAACGGAAUUGACCUACUCUGUGUAGGUCAUUAGACAAUAUAAUCAUUUAAAUAAUUUUUUACACCCUUGCCUUAAUUUUGCGGUGAGUUAAUGUCUUUAUGAAAAAAAAAACAAAUAAUAGAGAAAAAUAAAUA